AUGCAUCUCAGUUCAGUUAAGAUCCGUCUCAGUUCAGUUCAGAUCCAUCUCAGUUCAGUUCAGAUCCGCCUCAGUUCAGUUCAGAUCCGCCUCAGUUCAGUUCAGAUCCGCCUCAGUUCAGUUCAGAUCCGCCUCAGUUCAGUUCAGAUCCGCCUCAGUUCAGUUCAGAUCCGCCUCAGUUCAGUUCAGAUCCGCCUCAGUUCAGUUCAGAUCCAUCUCAGUUCAGUUCAGAUCCGUCUCAGUUCAGAUCUGACUCAGUUCAGUUCAGAUCCAUCUCAUUCAGAUCCAUCUCAGUUCAGUUCAGAUCUGUCUCAGUUCAGUUCAGAUCUGUCUCAGUUCAGUUCAGAUUUGUCUCAGUUCAGUUCAGAUCCAUCUCAGUUCAGUUCAGAUUUGUCUCAGUUCAGUUCAGAUCCAUCUCAGUUCAGUUCAGAUCCGUCUCAGUUCAGUUCAGAUGUGUCUCAGUUCAGUUCAGAUCUGUCUCAGUUCAGUUCGAUCCAUCUCAGUUUAGUUCAGAUCCGUCUCAGUUCAGUGCAGAUCCGUCUCAGUUCAGUUCAGAUCUGUCUCAGUUCAGACCAUUCUCAGUUCAGUUCAGAUCCGUCUCAGAUCAGUUCAGAUCCGUCUCAGUUCAGUUCAGAUCCAUCUCAGUUCAGUUCAGAUCCAUCUCAGUUCAGUUCAUAUCCAUCUCAGUUCAGUUCAUAUCCAUCUCAGUUCAGUUCAUAUCCAUCUCAGUUCAGUUCAUAUCCAUCUCAGUUCAGUUCAUAUCCAUCUCAGUUCAGUUCAUAUCCAUCUCAGUUCAGUUCAUAUCCAUCUCAGUUCAGUUCAGAUUCAUUUCAGUUCAGUUCAGAUUCAUUUCAGUUCAGUUCAGAUUCAUCUCAGUUCAGUUCAGAUUCAUCUCAGUUCAGUUCAGAUUCAUCUCAGUUCAGUUCAGAUUCAUCUCAGUUCAGUUCAGAUUCAUCUCAGUUCUGUUCAGAUUCAUCUCAGUUCAUUUCAGAUUCAUCUCAGUUCAGUUCAAAUCAAUACAAUUUCAGGUGA